GUUCUCAGAGGGCAGGGGUGGUGUCCUGUUGAGUUAUUUCCCCAGCGCUGGGCCAGGAGUCAGUCCUAGAAGCAGUGUUGAACCUGCUUCUUGUUCUCUACCUGCCUCUCUCUGCUUUGUCUCUGUGGGUCUCCUGCCCCUCCCUCUCUCUUCUAGCCCUCUCCUUGUCUGUCUGUCUCUGCCCCAUACUGCCUUCUAGCCUUGCUGCCUCUUUUUCUCUGCCAUCUUUCCUGUGUCUGUGUGUCUGUCCCCCUCUGCCACCCUCUUCUGUGUCUGCCUUACCCACGCCUCCUCCCUCAUUAGUGAGCAGGCUGCUUGAGGCCGCCUGACUGUGGGGGUGACAGGUGGAUUGGAUUGUCACCCCCUCCCCCAGCGCCUGCUGCUUAUUUCAUGCCCUGCAGCCCAGCCACAGGGAAGGGGCGGGAGGAGGGAUGACAGCUGUCUCCAGCGCCUCCUGCCUUCCCCUCCAGUCCUCAACCUGCAGCCCGGAGCAGCCUGGGAGGGAGAGAUGAAGGGCCUGCCUAAUGAGUGCUCCCUUUCUCACCAUGUGGAAGAGCAGGUUGAAGCCCACUGCUCUGUGAUGUGAGGCAGCUCACCCAGCCUCUCUGGGCACUGCUCCCUUUUGACCUGUGCUGGUAUGGGAGCUCUGGUAGCAGAUGCCCUGUCGUUUCUUUGAACCUUGGGACCACUAGGAUGGGAACAGAUAUGGGUGGAAGGGUAUAGGGGAGAAGGAAAAGUAGGUGGUCCCCUGCCAAGAGCAAGAAAGAGAGGAUGGAGGCUGGCCAUCAGAAAGGAAUUCUCCUGCAGCUUAUGGGAAGGACAGCCCUGCUCAGCCCUGCUGCAGCUGCAGCUCCAGGAAGGCUGCCCUGACCUCUCCCCCUCACCACUCUCCCCACUGGCCCCAGGCCACCCUCACACAGGAACUGAGAUAGCAUCAUUCUGAAACCCGAGAAUGGUUUGAAUAUUGCUCAGGUACCAAGAGGUGUUGCACUGGGGGAGGCAGGGACCUGUUUAUUCUCCCAUGCCCCCUCCAAACCAGUCCUCCUUUAGGGUACAUUUUGCACAUCAUUUGUACCUCAUUUGCGAGUAAACACAACCCGUAGGUUCUAAUUGGGUCUGUAGCUGAGCUUGGAAAAAUGGCUAUCAGUGGGGUCCUUCUGGAUCCCCCUGGCCCCCUCAGCUCUCCUUCUUGUCAAGGGCAUUGUCAGAUGGGCCUCCUGCCCUGCAUCCUCCGUGCUCUCCAUUUGUGAAGACCUCUCCUCAGCCACCCUUCUCCACAGUUGGUGAGUCUGUGCCUGCUUCCCUGGGGCCAACCCAGAUGUCCUCCUCCCCCUGUCUUUGCUUCUCCCAUGUCCACCAGGAAGGCCCUGCCUUUGCCUGUCCCAGCACCCCACCAUGAGGUUCACCCUGCCCAUGGAGUCAGGUGAAUCAGAGUCAAGCAGCCAGAGCCUUUAGAGCCUUUGAAGGGAACUUUUGGUGACAUAGAUAUUGUCAGCCCGAGGAGUCAUAGCUGUGGCCUGAGGUCAGGAUUGGACAGGCCCUGGGGCCCUCAGAACAAGAAGGCUAUCCUGACCAAUCCCCUGUCUCUUUGGUAGCCCAAGCCCUUCCAACCCUGGGCUCCAGAUACCAGGCAGGAUGAAGGAGAGAGGGUUAGAAGAGAAGCAGCCAAAGGCCAGAUCAUCUGUGAGGGCUUCCUAGAGGAGGAGUAGAUCAGACAGGAGAAGAAUGGGGCCAGGCCAGGCUGGAGAGGAGAGACUCACAUCUGGAGAACAGAUGCCCAGGCCUCUGGCUCCUGCCAGUUGGUUAGGUAAUUAGGCAGAGGGCUAAUUAAGGAAGUCCAGGUGUUCAUUAAAAUCUCCCUAAUUGGGUUGGAGGGAAGUUAGCCAGGAUAGGCCACCACAUCUUGGAUAGGGUCAGGUUAGAGGGUACUUUGUGCCCACCUAGGCCCCGGCCACUCCUUCUUUCAAAGUCAGGGUUGAGUUCAUGUUCUGGCCCCAGGGCUUUCAAAGACCCUGCAGCAAUGUGGAAUGGAGAGCAGAAGGAAAAAACGGUCAGUACAGACUGCGCCUGCUUUGUAGAAGGGUUUGUGGUUAGAUAGAAGGAAGGACUGCCCAAGGCAGGGGCAUCUCCUCCUCUGGCAGUGUUGGCACAGGGUUGGGAGCAGCAGUGGGGAAAGGGCCCUGGGAAGCAUAGAAAUAUAAAAAGUGCUUUGGGCUACCUUGGUAGGGAUUGAGUAUAAAUAGGGUCUGGUCUUUUUAACCCUGACUUCUCUCUGUCAGACGAUGCUCAGUGAAUCUCUGUGGCUUCCCUGCCUUCUCAGCCCUGAUCCCUCUCUCAUCCCAGCUCCCCCAGCAUGAGGCGGGGGUGGGGGGGGCGGUGUAGGAGAUCAGCCAGGGAGCUGGUUGCCAGGCGACAGUUGCCUAAGCAACCCCAUCCUCUCCAUCUCCAUGUGCUCAGGGCUGCUCCUUAGAAGACUUUGGAGUCUCACCCUCUGCACCAGCCAACCUGAGGGUGGGGAAGGUUGAGGACUAGUAUAGCAGGGGUGGUUGAAGGGUGGAUGGUGUCCAAAUCUUCAGGAGCAGUUAGGAGAAGAAGGGUUCUAACUCCGCAGAGGAUAGAGUGAGAGGAACUGGUACUGCAGCAAGACUGAUGGAGGUUAGACUGCAAGAAGGACUUCUCGCAGCAUCACAACAACGAAGUCAUAUUUUCUUCUUUUCAACAGACAUUUCCUGAGCUCCACCCUAUAGGAGUUAGAGUAGUGAAAAAGACAGAUGUGAUUCCUGCCCUCAUGAAACUUCUGUCUCAUGGAGAAGCCAGAAGCACAGAACUGUAAUUAUUCACAGUUGUGAUAAGUGCUAAAAAGAUUACAGGAGUGACUUUUCUGAGGGUCAUGAGAACAAAGAGAGACCUCUUCCAGUUUGGAGGAAGAGGCAAUAUUGGUCAUAAGCUGACAGAGGUUACAUCUCAGCAAGAAUUUGUUUAUGAACAAAAGGUGGUUUGAGGGAGAUAGUAAAGGGGAGAGAGGGAAGGUGGAUGCUGUAAGCUAGAGGAGCCCAGCAGUUCCUGCAUUUACCAGUCUAGACUGGGUUUUCAAGGCCAGGCCAGAGAAUCCUAUUUAAAAAGCCAACUAUUUGUAGCCCCCUCCUCUUACCCUCUGUGUCCCCUUCCUUACCUUCCCUGCCAAAGCCCCCACCACUGUAGCUCUAGAAAGCACGGUCUUUGGAUUGCACUGAGAAGCAGGGGAGCUGAAAUCCCUGGGCUGGAGCCUUUGCAAUGGGAACUUGGCAGACAUUGGGGUCACAGGAGGCUGUGCAGAAGGUAUCCUGCAGACCAUGAACUGAGCACUGUUCCCAGACCGUUCAUGAGCACAGUGUAAGGUGUGCCGAGACCCACCACCCAGCAAGCCCCUCCCCUCCGUAGCACUGAGGACCCCCGGAGAAGAUGGGGAGGAAAAAGAUUCAGAUCCAGCGAAUCACCGAUGAGCGGAACCGACAGGUGACUUUCACCAAGCGGAAGUUCGGCCUGAUGAAGAAGGCGUAUGAGCUGAGCGUGUUGUGUGACUGCGAGAUCGCACUCAUCAUCUUCAACCACUCCAACAAGCUGUUCCAGUACGCCAGCACCGACAUGGACAAGGUGCUGCUCAAGUACACGGAGUACAAUGAGCCGCAUGAGAGCCGCACCAACGCAGACAUCAUCGAGACCCUGAGGAAGAAGGGCUUCAACGGCUGCGACAGCCCAGAGCCCGACGGGGAGGACUCGCUGGAACAGAGCCCCCUGCUGGAGGACAAGUACCGGCGCGCCAGCGAGGAGCUGGACGGGCUCUUCCGGCGCUAUGGGUCAGCUGUCCCGGCCCCCAACUUUGCCAUGCCUGUCACAGUGCCCGUGUCCAAUCAGAGCUCACUGCAGUUCAGCAAUCCCAGCGGCUCCCUGGUCACCCCUUCCCUGGUGACGUCAUCCCUCACAGACCCGCGGCUCCUGUCACCCCAGCAGCCAGCACUACAGAGGAACAGUGUGUCUCCUGGCUUGCCCCAGCGGCCAGCUAGUGCAGGGGCCAUGCUGGGGGGUGACCUGAACAGUGCUAAUGGAGCCUGCCCCAGCCCUGUUGGGAAUGGCUACGUCAGUGCCCGGGCUUCCCCUGGCCUCCUCCCUGUGGCCAAUGGCAACAGCCUAAACAAGGUCAUCCCUGCCAAGUCUCCACCCCCGCCCACCCACAGCACCCAGCUUGGAGCCCCCAGCCGCAAGCCCGACCUGCGAGUUAUCACUUCCCAGGCAGGAAAGGGGUUAAUGCAUCACUUGACUGAGGACCAUUUAGAUCUGAACAAUGCCCAGCGCCUUGGGGUCUCCCAGUCUACCCAUUCGCUCACCACCCCAGUGGUUUCUGUGGCAACGCCGAGUUUACUCAGCCAGGGCCUCCCCUUCUCUUCCAUGCCCACUGCCUACAACACAGAUUACCAGUUGACCAGUGCAGAGCUCUCCUCCUUACCAGCCUUCAGUUCGCCUGGGGGGCUGUCGCUAGGCAAUGUCACCGCCUGGCAGCAGCCACAACAGCCCCAGCAGCCGCAGCAGCCACAGCCUCCACAGCAGCAGCCACCGCAGCCACAGCAGCCACAGCCACAGCAGCCUCAGCAGCCGCAGCAGCCACCUCAGCCACAGUCCCACCUGGUCCCUGUAUCUCUCAGCAACCUCAUCCCGGGCAGCCCCCUGCCCCACGUGGGUGCUGCUCUCACAGUCACCACCCACCCCCACAUCAGCAUCAAGUCAGAACCGGUGUCCCCAAGCCGUGAGCGCAGCCCUGCGCCUCCCCCUCCAGCUGUGUUCCCAGCUGCCCGCCCUGAGCCUGGCGAUGGUCUCAGCAGCCCAGCCGGGGGAUCCUAUGAGACGGGGGACCGGGAUGACGGACGGGGGGACUUCGGGCCCACACUGGGCCUGCUGCGCCCAGCCGCAGAGCCUGAGGCUGAGGGCUCAGCUGUGAAGAGGAUGCGGCUCGAUACCUGGACAUUAAAGUGACGGUUCCCACUCCCCUCCUCUCAGCCUCCCUGAUGAAGAGUUGACAAUCUCACCGCCCGCCCUUCCCUGCCCCGGGCUCCUCCCGCUCGACCCCCACCUCCUUUCUUGUGCUCCAUGUCCUGUUGACGGUUACAUUUGUGUAUAAUUAUUAUUAUUAUAUUAUUAUUAUUAUAUUUUUUUUAAUUUGGAUUCUCGCUUUGGAGAGGGGGAUGCUCUCAUCCCCUCUUUCUGUCCCCCCCACCAUUUUCACUGGCUGGGGGGCUCUGUUUUUCGCGGGAAGGGGGGACACUUUGCACGUUGUACACAUAUGCUGCAGGAAGGGGGUGCGGGGCCCGAUAGGCCUUGGGGAAAGGACAGGUGCCGAGCCCUGCAUGUGGAGCCCUCCCACCCCAUCCCCCAGAUAGAGGGAAAUAACCAAAAAACUACCAAACAACAAAAGAAACCCACACUAUAGACUGAAACCCCAAAGUGGGCUUGACGGGUGGGUUUGUGUCUCAAGGGGAAAGUGAGGCAGAGGUUCUGAAAAGGGUCUCUGUUUCUGGGUUCAUGUGGCCAUAGGCACAUGGAGCAGAAUACUGAAGCCUGGCCCCCAAAUGCCCUGCACACACGUGCCACACCUGUGCUGAUUCUUGUGUGUGCUGCACCCCCAAGGUGUGUGGGUGCUGGCUGAGCUUUGGGCUGGGAAGGCAGCCUGGGGAAUCUGAGGCUGGGGAUGGGUUUGAGGUGAGGGCCUCUCUGGAAGCACAUUUGGAGAGAAAGACAGAGCCAUGAGGAGAGGGCUGUGGAGGGCAGAAGGGCUAGGCAGGGGGCAAAUCGGGCCCCUCCCUUCCCCAGCUUUUCUCUAAGAUAUACAGUGCAAUAGCUCCCCGCCCCUCGGUUGAUGCCAGCCUUGUAAAGCUGGCCACAAUGUGCAGGGAGAACCGGGAGAGGGUCUUCAGUGAGGUGGCUCGGGGCGAGAGUCGGCCUGGACCUCCCUGGGGUGAUCCAGGCCAGAGCUCUUUCAUCGGGGCAGGUGUGGUGAGGGGAUGUCCUUGGCCUUGCACGCACACUACCUGGGGGAGUGGACACUGCGAUGGUCUGUGGGGUGGGAGGUCUGUAGAGGGCCCACCUCCCUCAUUCCGCCUCACCCCCUCUCCCUGGCUUCUCCUGUUAGCUCCUUCUGCUCCUGACCCCACCUCCUUGCUCUUGGUGCCCCCAUUGUCUCUCGCUACCUCCUUGUCCCACCACCUCUAGGCCGCAUCCCACCUUCCCUCUUGGCUACUGUAAUUGUAAAUAGCGACCUUUGGAAAAUGUUAGCGGUGUAACAGUCCAGGAAACUGUUUUUUGUUGUUGUUGUUGUAUUGAUAUGAAAUGAGAUUCUAUUUUUGUCAAAGUAUAUUGUAAUAAUAAUGACUCAAACGGCCCGUACUGUACAGACGAGAUUCUUCUGCUGUUGUUCUUGCUCCCCUCCCCUCCUCUGAGUCCGCCCCUCUCUGCUGCCUCCUCAGCGGGGCAGUGGGCAAGGGGCCCAGGGGGCAGCCGAAGCACGGAGUCCUGAGACCUCAGGCAGGAUCGUUGAUUAAACCGGAGGGGGCAGGCCCCCAGCCUGCUCUCUAGGACCACCCCCCGCCCUAAGGGGCCUGGCCUGGGGUGACGUGGGCAGACAGACUGCACCACUCCUUCACACAAGCCCAGCUCCUCUGCCCAAGGGGUGCGGUGCUCCCUUGGGGUUUCCUUCCAGUUGGAGAGUAGAGUUAGACAAGGCCCAGUUUUGUUAGCCGACCAUCUUUGCCCACCUCUAUGACCCAGCCUCUUGCAGUAUUUCCAUACUUGAUGCAGGGAAGGAACCAGAGCAGAGGGGCCUGUGAGCACACAUGUACCUGUGCUCAUGAGGGCAUCUGGUAUUUAUGUGUCUGAGUGUAGCUUUGUAUUUAUGUGUGUGUGCGUGCGUGUGUCUGGUUGCAUGGGUGUACCUUUGUAUUUAUGUAUGUGUCUGGUUGCACGGGCGUGCCUCUGUGUGUCUCUGAGCCUGGCUGGGCGUGUGUGCGAGACUAUGUGACUGGAGCUCUUGGGGUAUCUCUGCGUCCGUGUGUGGCUGGUGUGUGUUUACAAAGGGACGGUUGGCUGUUCCAGCUCCACACCCCUGGCUUCAGCUCUCUGACCCCCACUCCCGUCUUCCCUGGUCCUUUCCUCGCGCUCACCCUCAGCUCUGACGCAUUGAACUGCAGUUGGGGGAAUUGGCAGUUGGCCCUCUGUGCUUCUCCCUGCAGCCCUACCUCUGCCAGGGCCUCUCCCUCCAGGGACUUCUGCUUCCACCCACAGUUGUCCACUUAGUCGCCCACACGUGACACACAGUUCCUGGAGUACCCUCUUCCCCUAACCCCAGACCUGCUCUCAGAGUGAAACUCAAGUCCCUUUUCCUCCCUCAGCUGAGCAGUGAUCCGUUCUUACUCACUCUUAACCCCAACCCGCUGACAGGGUGGGGACAGCACAUCCAGCCUUCCCACCUCUCCUGCUGGCUUCUAGAGGGAGUUUCAAGAACUGGCAAACCUUGAUCCAGGCCUUGACAGAAGCCAGGGUGUAAUCUUGUUCAUUCAUGCAUCCCCAGAGCCUCGCCCAGUGCCUGGCACAUAGUAGGCGCUCAAUAAAUGCUGAAUGGGUGAAUGGUUGAAUGAUAGGUGCUCAGUAAAUGAAUGACUGGCCUUCCCUUCUCAGGCUGUUCCCACCAUUAGUCUGCCCACCUUUCUAGGCUGGGCUUGGCCACCAUUAAACACAGGGCCCCUGCAGUUCACGGUGCAAUAUUCACCAGUUUUGCCCUCUGCCUCAUAAAGGCAAACCUGGCUUUUGAUUACCAUGUGUGGAUGUUUCUGUGUCCUUUCUUCUCUGUCCCUGGGGACGGGGUGGUCUGUGAAUAUGUGACAUUUCUGCAGUUCAGUAUCCGAAGGUUUCUUUAGGGGUAGGGGCUCCUGGGCGGCCAGAUGACUGGGUCCCUGGGAAGCCAGACCUCAGAUGGGGACUUAAUGUCUUCUUCCUCUCAAGCCAAAUUCGCCUCCACCCACUCACUCCCUUUGAAAAACUGGGCAUUUGCCAAAGUAACCACUGGAGUCAUCUAAUGGCCCUCCCCUCCCCAGGUUUCCCACAGCUUUCAGGGACAGUGGGCAAGAGGACCCCCCCCCACCACCACCACCACCUCAAUGGAACACACCAUCCUACCCCUCAACAGCACACUCAGUGCAGCGAGACUGACCCCUGACCCCUGACCCCUUCCCAGCCCUCCCCAUCUUGGACAGGAAGGAAGUAAUGCACCUUCUCUUGCUGAUUAUUUAUUUGUUUGGAGAGACAGAAAUGUAAAAGUGUAUCUAGAAAUAUCUAUAUCUAUAUAUUUUUAACUGACUCUUUGGAAUCCCUUGGGGUGGGGUGAGGGGUAAGUUUAGGCUUUCUUGGGAGGGGAAAGACAGGGAGCCUGGGAACUCCGUGUUCUCCCCUCUGCUGCCUCUCCCCACCCCUUAAAGCGGUUGGUAGAAGGAAUGGCAUUUGUAUGGGGGGAGGGAGGCUGCAAUGGAGAAUCUGGAUUCUCUCCUCUUCCCCAUUCAAGUCCCAGAGGGAGGGAGGGGGUGAGAAAGAGGAAGGGAGGGGCAGGACGGGCCAUGGAGGUGCCCCACCCCCACACCUGACAAUCACCCACACUCCUGGGGCUCUUCCUGGGUCCUGGGGCAGGGCGAGUCCAAGUGUGAGGCUGUUGAUUUGUUUUCAAUAUUUCUUUUCGUGCUGUAUGGUGAUGCUUUCUUAGUAUUCUACACAAUAAGAAAAGACAAAGUCCUCGAGAUUCUUAUGAGUUUUGUUUGAAAACUCUUUCACUAUAUUUGUUGUAAAGAGGUUUACUAUUAAAAGAAAAAGAAUACACGUUUCUGAUA